AUGGAGCAAAUAUCCGGAAUAAUUGAGCGGGGUCUUCCCAACGCCGUCGUCUACGAUCUCACAACGCCAAACCAAGUUACAGUCACGCUCCCAUCAAGAUCAACCUGGUCCAGCGGCCUUCACUGGCACGAAACCCACACAGAAUACCUCAAGGUCAUCAAAGGCAGCAUAAAAGUCCGCCUAGGGGACACCGAGCAAAUCAUAACCGCGAGUAAAACGAACCAGCCUGAAAUCAAGGUUGAGCGAUACGAAUGGCACGAAUGGCAGCGAGCGCAACUAGACGGAGAAGAAGUCAUCGUUAUUGAGAGGACAGACCCAGAGGAUGGCGAAAAGGCCCUGUUUUUCUGGAAUCUCAAUGGAAUCAUUCUGAAUGCAGGGAGAGUUAUAAGUACGAAUGUGCCGGGGUUCUCCUUCUUCCCUGCGACGAUAAAGGACUUGAUCAUCGACUUUUGGAUCACGUUUAACCUCUUUAUCGUGUUUCACUCUUUGGACAACUUCCCGGUCAUUCUAAGCACGACGAAGUUCUGGAACGGAAAAGGAUCGCGCGCAAAGGCGGGUCCGUCGGCAGAUUGGUUUGUAUCUCAUGUAUUGUUGUCGCUUGCUUCUUGGGCAGGUCGCAUUUUUGGAUUGCGGGCUGUGAGGCCAGAGUAUACGCCUGCUCAGCAUUAUCAGCGCUGGAAGUCACAUAAUUAUCUCGAAAAAUCGAAGGAGUCUUGA